AUGAUGUCCUCAACCAACGAGGAGGACCCGUUCCUCCAAGUCCAACAAGAUGUUCUUGCCCAGCUCCAGUCUGCUCGCUCCCUCUUUAACUCAUACUUGCGCAUUCGUUCGAUUACUACUUCAGCGACAUCCCCUGAACUAGCGUCAGCCCGCGCAGACCUCGAUAUUGCGCUCGAGUCGCUUUCCGAGGACCUCUCUGACCUGACCGAGGCCGUUCGUGUGAUCGAGGCCAACCCCUCUCAAUAUGCACUCUCCGAGGCCGAGAUCGCGCGACGCAAGCGUCUACUACAGGAAGUUGGUGGCGAAGUGGACGACAUCCGCGAGGAGCUGAAGAAGCUCUCUAGCAAGGGGGCAGCAAUGGGGACGUCGUCCAAAUCCCACCCCCCCGGAUCCAGCGACCUUCCGGACCCGUCGACCUUCCAUAUCCCAGAUGGCGAGACUGGCGGCUCUGCCGACUACGCAGCGGAAUUCGAGCGCGAGCAGCAGUUGCAGAUGCUCCGUGAGCAAGAUGAACACCUGGAAGAUGUAUUUGUUACCGUGGGCAACUUGCGGCGGCAAGCAGACGACAUGGGUCGCGAAUUGGAGGAACAGCGUGAGAUGCUCGAGGUGGCAGACGAAUUGGUUGAACGUGUCGGGGGCCGUUUGCAGACUGGAAUGGACAAGCUUAGCAUGAGGGCCUUGAAGUUUGGGUCACUCGAUGGGUGGCAUGCUUAA